AGUAGCAAUAGUAUAUACCACCACCAUCACUAGCAGUCUCUCUCACCGCCCCAUUAUUAGUGGUCUCCAUCACCACGACUAGCUGUCUCAACCACCACCCAUCACCACCACUUGUAUCUUAAUCACUAGUCUUCCUCAACUCUUGUCACUUAAAAAGGCUGUCUCGUGUUACAGUAUGUCAGGCUACGGACAACAGCCUCCUGUUCCCUCAGCUCCGCCUGCACCACAGCAGUCGUAUCCACCCCAGCAGUAUCCACCCCAGCAACCAUAUCCACAGCCACCAUAUCAACAUCAGCCAUAUCCACAGCAACCAUAUCCACCUCAGCCGUAUCCCCAACAACCGGUAUGCAUUAAAACUUCUCCGUUCUUUCUCGUUAAUUUUCCAAUGAGUUUUGUUCUUAAAAGACCAUUAAAGAGUUAAUAUUAUGGAAUACCU